UCACGUUAACACCCGUGAAGCUGGUUUCGAAAGAAGAAAGUAUAACGCGUGGUACGUUGCCUCGGCGUACGCGCGGCACUAUCUCGUCGGUUUCCUGGUCCGCCGCGGUCGAGACGCGUGUCCGAGUCGCAGUGCCAAACAACAACACGUCGCGAACGCAUAUCAAUCUCUCGUGACCGUUCGCCAUGUCCGAUUCGUCUUCCAGUACAACGCACCGCAAAUACGUCGAUCCGUGGGACCUGGACCUGCGUGAAGUGUCGUGGAGACACUCGAGCGACACGACGGACUGUUCGGCCGACCAAGUGGUGUCACUGUCCUCGGCGGCCGGGCCGGAAUCCACGAGGUCCGAGUUCGUGUACGUGCCGGGUCCGUCGCCAAAGACCAAGGCGGGCGGCAGGACCAGGAGUCGAUCAGUGGCCCGGUACGACUGUUGCCAGUGUUCCCCGAAAUCGUCCAUGGCCCUUCUACCCCCUGAUGCGGCCGAACCGUACGAGUGCUGGGAACCCGGUUGCAAACGGCCGCUGUACCGGUACGACGAUCGCGUUUUCUACCCCGUUGCCGCGGGGUCGACGAAUCAAUGCCGUUUGCUGUACAAUGCGUCGAGGCCGGAAGUCCGCCGGAACUCGCGUUACAACACCAGUGACAUGGACUCGAUGUUUCGUGCCUAUGAAACCAGUAGUGGAGAAUAUGAUUCACCUGAAAAUGUGAUAACUAGUCAAUUUCGCUAUAACACGCUGGGUCAUAUGAAAAUCGAUUAUUCUUCCAAUUGGAAUAAUCUCGAUAAAUAUAUCUGUCAGGUUUAACAUAUUGAUAACACAUUUAAAUGUUUUACUGCAUAGACAUAUUAGUUGUAAUGUUCGUGACUAAUAUUCGAAAUAUAUUUCGAAUUAGUUUUACUCUUCAAGUCUUAUAAUCAUCUAAAAUAGCUAUUUUUAAAUUAAUUAAGUAUAUAUUACAAUGCAAUAGUCAAUCAGU